AUGUACAGAGCAGUUCUGUUGGCUCUGCUGACCUUGUCGGCUUCGGCCAGACUUCAUGGCUUGGAGAAGAAGGUCACCAUCAACGAACUUGAACUCUUCAACGGUUUCCAGAACUUUACUAAAACGUACGUUUACAAGGUCCACAUUUCUUUAAAAUGUCAGAGGGCAGAUUAAGAAGCAGGGCCCAAUAUCAUCGUGAAGUUUUCUCGUAAAUUGGGAAAGAAUAAAGUUUUUGUUCUAGCUUUGAGGCCCAAUUUUAGACCGUUAAUGUAAUAAAUAAUUUCAUGUUUCAGUUUCGACAAGAACUACGCCUCUCUCGAGGAAGCCUUCCAACGUUACCAAGUCUACAAAGCCAAUCAACUCAGACUCCAAGAGCUCCAACAAUCCGAGCAAGGGACCGCCACUUACGGAGAGACCCAAUUCAUGGACCUAACUCCCGAGGAAUUCCGCACUUUCUAUCUUUCCAACAUCACCGUUGACUCUAUUCCCAUGAGAAAACUUACUGUUGAGGAACUGAAAGAGUUGAAGUCUGAUGCUCCAACUUCUUUGGAUCAUCGUCAGAAUGGUUUCGUGACCGGAGUGAAAGAUCAAGGAAAGUGUGGAGCUUGCUGGGCCUUUUCUGUGGUCGGGAACAUUGAGGGAUUGUGGAAAAAGAAGAGCGGAGACUUGGUCAGAUUGUCUGAACAAGAAUUGGUCGAUUGUGAUCGAAGAGACAAGGGAUGUCAGGGAGGAAACAUGCUGGUUACUUACUCGUAAGCCUUCUCCUAAUCUACAAGGUGGGAGAGGUUCGAACGGUCAAACGUGAUGCAAUUGCAUCUAGUAAGCGUUGAAAAUUCCGUCAAACAAAUUCUUCUCGACCGACAAUAGGGUUAUCUCGCAGAGAGAAAACGGAAAGUUUCUCUUUUGUUGCGCCCUAACUUUAGAUCACAGUAUCAUUAAAGAUUUGACGCUUUCUCUCCAGUAAGAUAAUUUUCUGCUCUCUACGUAAUCAGAGGAACACAACAAAAGUAUUUGAAAGCACUAACAUUCCUACCGAACGUUUCCAAAAAGCAUUAAGAACAGACUUUGACCACUCAAUCCUGUCCCCUACGCUAACACAGAAGUUUUGAAUUCCGAAUCAAAAUUUACCAUUUCAGUGAAAUCAUCCGUCUUGGAGGUCUUGUCAAGGAAGAGGACUAUCCUUAUAAGGGAAGGAACGAAAGAUGCAAUCUUGAAAGAAAUCAAAUCGUCGCUAAAAUCGACAGUUUUGUCCACAUCAACCAGAACGAAGAAACGAUUAAGCAAUAUCUUUAUGAGCACGGCCCAAUUUCUGUCGGAAUCAACGCGAAUCCACUUCAAUAUUAUUCGCGCGGAGUCUUCCAUCCAACCAGCUCCCGUUGCAGCCCGAGAGGACUAAAUCACGCAGUUACUUUGGUCGGGUAUGGAGUCGACGGAAAAGACCCAUAUUGGCUUGUCAAAAAUUCCUGGGGAACAAGAUGGGGGGAGAAUGGAUACUUCAGAAUCUACAGAGGCGCAAAUGUUUGCGGAAUUGCAGCUUUUGCUACAAGUGCUGUUAUCAAUUAA